CGGUGUGUACUGCACCCGGGCGAAGGUUCCUUCUUGUCUCCGAUCUGAGAGCCAGCUACAUUUUGUGUGUGUGCUGGCCGCUCUGGGCCAUGGAUACAACCUCUAGCAGUUACACAAUCUGUUCAUUGACACCCAGCUAAUAAAGUCUGGAACUUGGUUAAAGAAACAGUGGCCAAAAAUUGAAUUGGAGUGAGGCGCGUUGACCGGUGAAUGCAUAGAGUCAAGAAGGUAAAACUUGACAAUAAAGAAGGUAUCUGGAAAAGCUGUGUGACAGUGAGCAUGACGGCUGUGGACGGCCUUUCGGACAGCACGGAGGUGGUGGAGAUGGAGGAUGUCCCAUCUCAGUUCUUUGUGGAGAAACACUCUUGGGAGGGCCUCCGUGACAUCAUCCACUGUAGCAGGAAGUACUCGGGCAUGAUCGCCAACAAGGCUCCCCAUGACUUCCAGUUUGUGCAGAAGAAGGAUGAGAAUGGACCCCACUCCCACCGGUUGUACUACCUCGGAAUGCCUUAUGGAAGCAGAGAGAACUCAUUACUCUACUCAGAAAUCCCCAAGAAGAUCCGGAAAGAGGCCCUUUUAGUGUUGUCAUGGAAACAGAUGCUGGAUCACUUCCAGGCUACACCACACCAAGGGGCCUACUCUAGGGAGGAGGAGUUGUUGAGAGAGCGUAAACGUCUCGGAGCAUUUGGUAUCACCUCCUAUGACUACCAUGCCCAGACGGGCCUGUUCCUCUUCCAGGCCAGCAACAGCCUCUUCUACUGUCAGGACGGAGGCAACAACGGCUUCAUCCAGUCUGCUCCUGUAAAGCCAGUGGAGAUCAAGACCCAGUGCUCAGGGACCCGCAUGGACCCCAAGAUCUGCCCAGGAGACCCUGAUUUUAUAGCCUUCAUCAACAACAACGACUUGUGGAUAGCCCACAUUAAGACUGGCGAGGAAAGGAGACUCACUUACUGCCACAAAGGUGUGGAUAGUGUUAAAGAAGAUCCCAAGUCAGCAGGUGUAGCAACAUUUGUCAUCCAGGAAGAGUUUGACCGAUUCACCGGCUACUGGUGGAGUCCCUCAGCAGUGGAAGACCCUAGUGGAGGUAAAACGGUGUACCUGCUGUAUGAAGAGGUGGAUGAGACGGAAGUAGAGAUUAUCCAUGUUCCCUCUCCAGCACUGGAAGAGCGGAAAGCAGACGCAUAUAGAUAUCCACGCACAGGUAGCAAAAAUCCCCAGGCUACCCUUAAACUGGCGGAGAUCAAGACAGACCACCAAGGAAGAAUUGUGAGUACGCAAGAUAAAGAACUGGCCGUCCCAUUCACCUCCUUGUUUCCGGGGACAGAAUACAUCGCCAGAGUGGGAUGGACGAGUGACGGCAAAUAUGGCUGGGCUGUGCUUCUGGACCGCAGUCAGAGGAAACUACAGCUGGUCCUGCUGCCUCCAGCCCUCUUCAUCCCUGUUACAGAUGACCCAGCCCAGAGGCAGGAGAGUCUAGAGGCCGUGCCUAAUAACACACAGCCAUACAUAAUCUACGAAGAGACCACCGACGUCUGGAUCAAUGUUCAUGAUAUAUUCUAUCCAUUUAUUCAAACAACAGAAGAUGAAUUUACUUUCAUUUGGAUAAAUGAGUCUAAAACAGGUUUCAGCCAUCUGUAUAAAAUCACAUCCCUGUUACAACCGGGCUGCUACCACUGGACAGACAACUACCAACACAUAGAGGGAGACUUCAAAUGUGCAAUCAAGGAAGAGGUUACAUUGACCAGUGGAGAAUGGGAAGUGCUGGCGAGACACGGCUCCAAGAUCUGGGUGAAUGAGUCAUCUAAGCUGGUGUACUUCCAGGGCACCAGAGACACUCCUCUGGAGCACCACCUCUACGUGGUCUGCUAUGACUCACCUGGAGAUGUGGUCAGACUAACCAAGCCUGGCUUCUCUCAUAGCUGCUCUGUUAGUCAGAACUUUGACUUUUUUGUCAGCCACUACAGUAACGUCAGUACGCCUCCAUGCGUUCACGUCUACAAACUGACCAGCUCAGAAGGAGACCCAUUACACAUGCUACCUGAGUUCUGGGCCAGCAUGAUGGAAUCACCAGGUUGCCCGGGAGAUUACAAUCCGCCUGAGAUCUUUGACUUUCCAGGGAAGUCGGGCUUCCAGCUAUAUGGGAUGGUAUACAAGCCUCACAACCUGCAGCCUGGCAGGAAACACCCAACAGUUCUGUUCGUGUAUGGAGGCCCACAGGUGCAGCUGGUGAACAACUCCUUCAAGGGAAUGAAGUACCUCCGCCUAAACACACUGGCCUCUCUUGGCUACGCUGUGGUCGUCAUCGAUGGGAGGGGUUCCUGUCAGAGAGGCCUUGAAUUUGAAGGAGCACUGAAAAACAAAAUGGGUCAGGUGGAGAUUGAAGACCAGGUGGAGGGGCUGCAGUACGUGGCGGAGAAGUUUAACUUUGUGGACCUGAGCCGUGUUGCCAUUCACGGCUGGUCAUACGGCGGUUUCCUCUCUCUCAUGGGCCUCAUCCAGCGACCCAAUGUCUUCAAGCUGGCUAUUGCAGGAGCCCCGGUGACUGUGUGGAUGGCCUACGACACAGGCUACACAGAGCGUUACAUGGACGUGCCUGAGAACAACCAGCAGGGCUAUGAGGAAGGCUCUGUGGCACUGCACGUGGACAAGCUGCCCAGCGAGCCCAACCGUUUGCUGAUUCUCCAUGGAUUUCUAGACGAGAAUGUGCACUUUUUCCACACCAAUUUCCUAGUGUCACAGAUAAUCCGUGCUGGGAAGCCCUACCAGCUCCAGGUGUAUCCUAACGAGCGACACAGUAUUCGCUGCCCUGAGUCUGGAGAGCACUACGAGAUAAUGCUGCUGCACUUUCUACAACAAUACCUCUGAAAUGAGACAACAGGGGAGAAGUGAAGUCUAGUUUCCCCUCUGUCCUCCUUUUACCCAUCCAGCUCACCGCCCAUCUUUACUCUCCCCGACGCCCCCACCCAAUCCCAACCCCGUCACUGAGAGACUAUCAGACACUAGCCGCUCUCUCCUGUGAACUAGUCAUGUAACUUGUCCACGAUACUUCCCCUCUUUCGCUCUCUCUGUCUCUCGUUCUGUUACUCGCUUGCUCGCUCUGUCUCCUCCAUACCCCACCCCACCCCGCCCACCACCACCCUCCCAACCCCUGUGUACAGUCUGGGGUAUGGUUUACGAGCACAGAGAUGUGGUGUCUCACCCUGAAAGCUGAACAAAGACAAGGACAUAUGGAGAAAUAUUUGCAGGCUGUGUCACAUUGACUCAUCGCUCACCCACGUCCUCAUCUCCACAUCCAUGAUGGUUUUUGCCAAAUGUUAUCGUGUUGUUUUCCCCUUUUGUUCCCACCUGUUUUAUUCACAUGGGUCAGUUGUAGGAACGGGGUUACAGUUCACAGAUAUGAAACAGAAUCUAUACAUAUAUUCACAGACAUGAGCUCCCACACUACGCAUACAUAUGUAAAAUACAGUUUAUCUCGUACGUAGACACACUCAAAAGCACACUUAACACAGAAUUGCAAUAUCCAUACUGUGAGUCUGUACCUUGCAGUUUGUGUAACGAUGAAGAAAGGAAGAAGACUCUUCCUCUGUCCACUUGUUUUAAGUGUGUUUAAAAUAAAACAUUUUAUGGAUUUUUAUUCAUUUUUUUUAAUGAGCGCUGACAACAAAAGCAGCUCAUUGAUAUUACUGCGCCAUUUUCUCCCUUCACAUUUACAUUGCUCGAGAUGUCUGCUUGCCUUCUUAUCACAUAAUUUAUAUUUGCCAAAGUACCUCUUGACUCUUGAUCAUGCUGGUAUUUCCUUUUUUUACUGCAAUAAAGACAACAGGAGGGUGAGCACUGGAGUCUUACAACAGCUUUGUACCACCGGAAUACAAUUUGUACAUGAUAAUGAAUAAAUGUAUGAAUCAAUCACA